UGCUGUGGAGGAUCAAGAUCAACACAGCAGGAUGGCCGGAACUAUAAUGACGGCACUGAGGGCCAUUACUGUGGAACCUGUCAUGCUCGUCGACGGAGCGUGCAAAGAGGCCAUGCUCCUCUUCAUCGAGAAUGUUCAGAUGAACAAGAUAUGCUCCGUCAACUUGGGAUUACCCUCACACGUAUGCGCCAACUUGUCGGCUCAUCCGGAGGAGAGUGUGCGCGUCCAGCGAGAGUUCUCAGUCUUCACCUUCUACAACAGCAUCAUCUUGUCUGUGUUGCCUCUCGUCUUUGUCCUCUUCAUGGGAGCCUGGAGUGACAAGUAUGGACGGAAGAUUCCAAUAUUGAUGACGCUGGCGGGUCACGUGCUGUACGCUGGGGGUUACCUGCUGGCCAACUGGCAGACCAGCUGGCCGGUGGAGGUGAUCUACUUUGUAACGUUCCUCGAGGCCUUGGGAGGCGCUAAUGCCGGCCUCCUGUCCUCUACCAUCAGCUACAUCAGUGACAUCAGCAAGGAAGCUCAGCGCACGUCUCGCAUCAGCACUGCCAACUCUGUGUGGUUCUUGGGUGGUCCUAUUGGUACUCUGAUUGGCGCUCUGAUCAUCAAAUACAGCGGCUAUGACUUGGCUCUGGGCCUCGUCCUGAUUGCCUACUUCCUCACAGCUCUUUACGUGGUGGUCUUCAUCAAGGAGAGUCACGGACCCUUCGCCAAGAAGGAGCUUCAAGCUCAAGGCUCCAUCAAGGACGCGUCCAGCUUACAGGCGAAGGACGUGACAGUCACAACUAUGGUGGUGGACUUCUUCAACUGGAGACGCGUUGUGGAGUCCUUCAAGACAGCGUUCAAGAAGCGUGAAGGCAACGACAGGAUUGUCCUCAUGGCUGUGAUGGCUGCCAACAUGAUCCGACGCAUGGCCAGAGGGUUCUUCAUGUACAUGUUUCUGCGUCGGGCCCUUCACUGGGACGCUACUUACUACGGCUACUGGAUCACUUACCGCAACCUGCUGGCUGCUCUUGGUUCGCUGUUCCUGGUGCCGUUCCUGACGCGGCUGCUGUCGUUCACUGACGCUUCCCUGGUGGUGGUGGGGACGCUGUCUAUGAUCGGAGAGUACGUGUGUUAUGGGCUGGUCAGCGGGCCCCCUCAAGCCUUCCUCAUGUGGCUGGGGCCCCCGGCUGGUCUUAUCUCUAAUGCCAUGGUCAUCUCCUUCAAGUCCAUGUCCACCAAACUGGUCGGCAGCAAGGAGAAAGGUCGCAUCAACGCGGUGAUGGCGGCCCUCAACGGACUGAUGCCCAUGAUGGGCUACGCCGUCUACUCUCCUCUCUACUACAACACUGUCGACACCUUCCCCGCUGCCCAGUUCUUCUUUGCUGCCAGUCUCAACGUCAUCAUCAUGGUCACUUUCAUACUGUUGCAAGUGAUAUCUCAGUCAUCAUCAUAUAGCGCUACUGACCUGGAGGCGGGAGCCAAGACUACUGACGAAGGCAUCUAUGGCUUCCUGAAGCAACGGUCAGCUGUCACCCUCAAGUCCAUCGCUCGGACUCUCAGCGGUCCCGGAGGAGUUCGCGUCACCCAAAAUCGCCACGACUCUUCGGCUCCCAGCCAGCUCUCUGGCGCCAUUAAAUCCCUCGCCCGAACUCUAAGUAGAUCUGGAAGUGAAGGUGAUUCACCAAAAUCACAGGAUACGUCGACCACAAAGUCGUUCUCAGGCAUCCAAAAGGCUGUUACUCGAACGCUCAGCGGUCCCGCAAGAGUUCGCGUCACCCAAAAAUGCUACGACUCGUCCUCAACAGACCAGUUGUCCAGCUUAAAAGAAAAUUGGAAGGGAAAAGUUUCAAGCUUAAGUGUCGUACCACAAGCCCCAAAGCAAUUCUCUUCUGAAAUGGUUUCCGAGGCUGCCAGUGUAAGCUUGACCUCAGGGGCAACAGGAGUCAGUGUUCUUGGCAAACAUUGCCUGAAUCUUAACUCAACUUUUGCUUCAGACCAGAACAGUCCGGCUACUGUGAGAGCCAAGAGGCCGAGGAGCCUGGAGGCUGGGAUGGAACAUCAGAGAACCGGAUGCUGUGCCAGCAGGAUGAGUGACUAUCAGAUCGCUGCGUCAGAGGCCACUCACUGCUACGCCAGCAGGAUGAGUGACGAUCAGAUCACUGCGUCUGAGACCACUAGUAGAGACCACCUUGGAUAACGAGGCCUCAAGGACCAACA